AUGAGCUCAAGAAGAAGAGUCAACAGAGCAAGAGGGCAAGGCGCUCGUGCAAACCGGCCCGCGGUUGAUUUGGACGCUUUGGCCAGUACUGUUGUACCUAGUACCGAUGGUUCUCAAAGCGACCUACAACCCCUAGACGAGUCCACGCCUGCGCCUCCUCCAAGACGCGCUAGACCCUCCGGACAGGCGCCUCCGUCUCUGGCUGCAUUAGCUGCCACAGAUGGAGCAAUUGGUACUACUGCAGAGGAGUCAGUUUCAUGCCCUCCACCACGUCGCGGGGCCAAGCGAGUUCCAGUUCCAGUGAACAAUGUGGCGGGCACUGAGGCAGAAGCUUUCAAUGAGCAAAAGCACGGUGAACAGAAGCUAGAACAAACGGUGGGCCUAAAGGAGGGUACACGGGAACAGGAGGCUUCUUCAGUGCCACCCCUCGAUACAGCAAAUACUGAGCACCAAAAUCAACAGCAGUACCCUUCGGAGCACCACAAGACGUCACUGCAGAAUCAGCAUCAGCCGUCGUUUGGCGGAGAGAGCCUGGAUACCCAGCCAUUUCAGCAGCAAAUUCAACAGGAGCAUCAACCUCGGCAGCAGCACCACAUGGCCAAUUCUCAUGGCUCGUUGCCAUUGCCUAACAGAACGAACAUGUCUUGGGACGAAGAGGAUAAUCAAGAGGAGGAUGCCGGGGCGUGGGACGCCUACACUAACAUAGAACUAGAAGAGAGCCAACAGCUCGGUGAAGCUGGACAUCCAGACGACCAUCAACGUGACCUUGAAACUGAGCAAGCCAUUCACGAUAAUGAUGAAAACCAGGGUCAUGAACAUUCUCAUCAAAACCGUGACUUUGCAGAAGAAGAUGGACAAGGUGCAAUUCAUCACAACGAGCCGGAUGUUGAUCCUGAGCAGCAAUUUUGGGAUCGAAAGGAAGCACAAAAUGAUGUAGAAGAAAGCCAAUACUGGAAUCAUCAACAUCAACAGACGCAAGUCGACGACUACAAUGAAGAUGAUUUUUGGAACCAAAAUCAGCAAACGCAAACGGAUGCACAUCCCGAGGAAGCCGAGAACACCCAUGCCCAAAAUUCGAACGAGCGAGAUCCUUGGGAUGCAGAGGUGAAUAUUGAAAACGAUGCUUGGGAUCAACAUGUGGAUAUUGAGGGCGCGUCACAGGAUGCAUGGAGAAACGAUGAAGGGCUCGAGAGCUUACAGGAUUAUGAUCAUCCUCCAGAUCAAAAUCUUGAUGCUGAAGAGGCAUUACAAACCGAUUCUUGGGAUCAGCAAGUUCCUGAUGUUGAGAUUCAAACUCAUCAAGCAGACGUCCAGAUAGAUAAUCAAAACUUGGAAGAUCUGAAUCAGCCCCUAGAACAGCAUUUUACACAAGAACAUCAUCAUCGCUCAGAAUAUGAGAGCCACGAGCCCGACUCGGCAAACUGGCACGACCAGGAAGCGGGUCAAACAUAUGAACCAGAACACAGCGAUGUUCAAAAUGCCAAGGAGCCCAAUCAAUAUGCCACCCAAUAUUCAUACAACGCGAACUUCGAACACCAAAUUGAUCAACCAUCUGAGGAAAAGUUUUGGGAAGAGCGGGAACAUGAUAAUGAGCAAAAAUAUAAUAAUGAGCAGAAUUAUGAUAGUGAGCAGAAUUAUGAUAAUGAGCGGAAUUAUGAUAAUGGACAGAGGUAUGAUGAUGAGCAGGAGCAUGGCAAUGAACAGUAUUCUCAACAGCCUCAUAUCGAAGAAAGCGGUCUAGACGAUAUGUUGGACGAUGACGAGCUAUUGGAUGAAGAUGAGGCUAAUACUCCAGAUUAUCCCCAUCUUGAGAAUCUCGACAUCCAGGCUGCCAAUGACACCGUUAUACAUCAUGCAAACAACGAAGUACACGCAGUUGACGAGAGCGACAAGCUGAGAGCUUUGGAAAUGUUGGAUCUAGACGAGGACUUACUUUUAGAUGAAGAAUUCCUUGAAGAGGAGGACCAAGUGUCUGUCCAGCCACAAGCUCCCGAACAUCCUACAUUCUAUUCAAACAGGCAUCCACCUACGAAUCAUCGCCCUAAUACCCACACUGCGCAAUCGAAGUAUACUCCGUCAUCAAAAUACAACCCAGUUCCAAGCUCCGACGCGUCCAUUGCAUCUCGAGAGCAACCCCAGACAUCUGGUCCUAUCACGGCGUUGAAACCUACCGUAGGCAAUUUCAUUCCUACUGAGACAAAAUCUCAGCCGGGCUCCUCCGUGCCAUUGAAAAUAAGCAGGGAACAAGAUCAAGUCAAGGAGAAACUUAAUGAAGCGAAGAAGAAAAAUGAUGCGUACGACUUCCCAAGUGAUCUAAUUAAGGCACCUGCAAAGCCAGCUAGAGCUACAGCAAAACCUACGGGUACCAUUUCUUCUGCCUCGUCUAGGUAUGAACCUCCAUCAAAAUCGAAUGCUUCUGCAACUCUCGAAAGCACUCAUGCUGCUUCAUCACCAAGUCAGUCGAACACUUCCAUGAACUCUCAGGCCCCUCCACCAGCUCAAAAGUUUUUUGAGGACUUGCCAGUCAAUGCUGUGAAGCCUCCUACAAGAGCAAGAGCAGCACAAACUCCUCAUAAUCCUACUGUAAAUCCAGCACAGAUCACUAGUCCCGUGAUGUCACAAACAAUACCCAAUAAGUUGGCCACGCCGAAAAAUCCGUACGCUACCUUACAAACAAAGAACCCUCUGCUUGUUGCUCAACCUCAACAACCUGUCACAACAAGCGCGCCGACUGGUCAGAAAUAUCAGCCUCAAUCCUUGCUUCAACCGGGCAUGUCGCCCCAGCCUCCAAACUCGACAAUGGCUCGACCACCGGUUGGUUAUGCACCACAGGCCAAGGGCCAAAUAGUUGGUUUACCUCAACCAUCAGGUCCACCCAUGAUGCAGCAACAUGCGCUGGCUGCUCAGCCUUUUCCCAAUGCGGGAUACAGGUCCGAUCAGGCUCAAAAUGCACCAAGAGUGAGUAUAAACACAUCUGUACAAGGACGCUCCGAAAAGACAUCAAUUACAAGCCCCUACGUGCCAGAUGAAGGUCCGUAUGGCCCUAAUGUUAGAGGUCACUCAAGAACAAGUUCAAUCAUUGGAGGAAAUGCCAAAGACGGUAAUCCAUAUGUCCCACUCAAUGGACCUCCACCUGUUGGCACGCAAGCAAAAGCCGCCCCAUUUCCUGGUCAACUGAGAGGGAGAGGGGGAUCUAUGAACAGAAGCCAUAGAACUCUGUCAGUAUCUAAGGUGCAAAACCCUCAAGCAUUGUUGGAGAGACAAUUUCCCGUCUUCCUGUGGAGCCACUCUCUGAAUACCGCAUAUUUGAUACCACAAGUUCCUUUUAGCUCUUAUGACCCUGUGAUUAGAACAAUUAAAGUGGGAAACCUUUCAGAUGUUACCAAGCAAUCCAAACUCUAUUGCGAUUUUCCUGGACCUCUAACAAAAACCAAGGCUAAGAAGAAAGAGUUGGAGGCAUGGUUGCAAAAAAUUAUCGCUGCAAUGGAAACCGAGAAUCCAGUAUCCGAGGAAAUUAUUCUUGCGAAGGUUCUCAGGUUGCUUGUUAGCUUUGAUGGAGACUUCGGUAAUAAAGCAUUGCAUUUGGAGGUUGCAAAAGUACUUACACCUAAUGUGGACUAUUCACAGGAGGCAACCGCGAUGAGUAUUGCAGCCGGAGGUCAAGCAAUUUCAGCCAACGCAUACAAGUUGGACAACCUGGGAAUCAAUCAAGUUUGGAAUUUGAUUCAAACCGGAAAAACGGAAGAUGCGUUGACUCUCGCAUUAUCAAAAGGAGAUUGGGCACUUGGUUUCAUUAUUGCUUCUUCCAUGGGUCAAGAGACAUUCGCUAAGGUUGCGUCCGAUUAUGCGAGACGUUGUUUCCCAUUUCAAAAAGGUCCAGGUAUCAAGGUGCAGCAUUUGAUGCCUGUGAUGAUGAAACUUUUUGCAGGUAACUCAGCAGGAGUAAUCAGCGACUUUGAGAAUGUACCAAGUGAAGGUGAAUUUGCAAAGGCUCACUACAGAGAAAUCAUUGCAGCUGCAAUUAUCAAUAAUUGUGGUUCAGAAUUUUUGGUGGACUUUGGAAAGUUCUUAUCACAUUGCGCCAUGAAUAUUGCCAGCGAGCUUUGUUUUAUAAUUGGCGGUUUUGUGAUGACUCCAACACCUUUUAACAAUGGGGCGACGUUCCAAGCAGUGGGAGCAAGCACUCCGACAUCGGUGUACACUGAAGUUUACGAGUACAUCUUGCAAACAUCACCUGUGACAAGCAACAUGCUUCCACCAACAGGAUUGCCUCACUUGCUUCAAUUUAAGUUAAAACGCGCUCAAACUUUAGCUGACUAUGGAUUUUUUGUCGAGUCACGCAAGUAUUGUGAUUACUUGGGUGGUGCUUUCAAGAGUCUUGGGAAGUCCCCGUACUUACAUCCAGGCAUGACCCAUGAAUUCCAGCAGUUGCUCAUCAGGUUAUCAAACUCUGGUACUACUGAUUCUAGCUGGCUCGGGGGAAUUCUGAGCAAGGUAAAUCUAGAUAAGAUGUGGGGCAGAUUGGACAAAAUCAUUGGCGGCGAAGAAUCUGUUACAAAGGCUCAGGAUACCAGCCUAUUCCGCAAUUUUAGCCCCUCCAUCUCUCGCAAUGCUUCUGCAAUUGACGUCUCUCAAAUGGUUUCAAAUGGAUACCUGUCACGUCCGGACUUAAACAGAAGCGCUUCUCUUGCAUCGGCACCCGCUGGUCACUCCGAUUUCAGCCCUGUUCAGCCACAACCUCGUGGACACUCACUGAGGUACACCCCCGGCGUGCCAAGCGGUGCAAUGAAGGGCCCCCCAUCGUUACCAGGCGUAUCGAGUCAUCAACCCCCUGGACAGCCAAGCUUAAAACCUCAUUCAUCUGUCCAGAAAUACCACCCAAAUAGUGAAUCCCGCACCAGCGUCAAUGGUUUAGAACCAAGCCCAGUUCCUGACGAACAGAAACUGUUGAAGCAGGCGUCGUCCGCGUCUUCUCGUCCGCCCCCAUCUCGUUACAACGCUCAACGUCCUGGUGUCACAUCAGCGGAUCAUGGUGUCCCGCAUAAGUACUCAUCUCAUAACAACGAGCGCAGAUCUUUUGAGCAGGAGGAAAAAUUCGACUUGCCAGAACUCAAAGAAGACAAGGAGCCUCCAGUGAUGCAAAACUCACCACGUGGCCUAGAGAAGGGUCACUUUAGAACCUCUCUGUUGCAAAGUGACUUCCUGGACGUUCCCGACAACGAGCCACACGUCCCGUCGACCAUCAAAGAGAAUUCCAAGCAGUCGACUGAAGCACACGAAGUUAGGGAUAUGGAGCCCAACGAACCGGAAAGCGCAAAGCAGAGUAAAUCGCUAACGAAAGACAGUGAUGAAAAACAUGUCCCACCCCCUCCAGUCUCAUCAAGGAAGGCAUACACUCAGAGAGUGAACCCUUACGCACCAGGCGGCCAAUCUUCCAAACCGCCUAAAGUUACUUCCAACAAAUAUGCUCCGAGCGCUACUUCUAGCGAAACCAAACGAGCAAAGAAUUAUGCACCAGUCUCAUCUUCAACGAAAUACAUCCCAAGUAGCGAAGCAAACGAUGAUGAUGCGACCCAACAGCCCUCACAGCAAAAUGAACUUAUGGAGAAGUCUACAACAAAGUUUGCUCCCAAGGAUGAUCCAGAUUAUAAUGGGGCUUCAACUGGUUCCUCUAAUGACAACAAGGAUGAAAAAGCUGCAGACUUGGAGAAAUCUGACAUGACCGCCAAGAAGUCAGAUUUCCAAGCCAAAGAUAGAAGUGGGGACCAAUUUAAACCGUCUGGACCCCCUGUCCAAUCUGGACCCCCUAGAAGAAAAAACCCCUAUGCACCAAACAACAGGUAUACACCAGGCAAAGAAGCACCAGACAAUGAAGUGCCAGACAAUGUAUCGCCAGAUAAUGAGACAUCAAAGCAGCCAAAAGAAGGCAAAGGCCCUAGUCACGACUCAAGAAAAAAUCUGGUCGUCAAUGCAAACAUCGAUGUAACUGUUGACUACGGAGUGGAAGAAAGCAUAGAGGUAUCGGACACGUCUAGACCGCAAAUUCAGAACAAAAUCUUGCUGCCAACUGGGAGAACUGAUUAUGCGAACCCAUUUUCAAAUGAGAGAGGAGUUGAAGGAGGGCUUGACGAUUUCCCAAUCCCGGGGUCACCUGAAUACACCACUCGAGCCAAUUCUGUCAUCGGAAACAAUGGUCUUUUCUCCAGCAAAUUAUCGCAAUCUCAACAGUCAGUAAUGUAUCAACAGUAUGAAGUGAAGGAUGAUACUGUUCACGAUUACGUUCCGGUGCCUGAGGAUGACGAUGACGAGGAAGACAAAAAACUGAAGAAAAAAGAAGAGCAGAAGAAGAACGAAGAAGAAAGAAAAAAGGCAGAAGAUGAACAAAAGAAUGUAAAUAAGAAGGACUGGUUGAGCAGAUUCAGAGGUCAAAGAAAUGACGACAAGCCCAAGCCUGUGAAGGCCAAGAUGGGUGUGCCCAACGCAUUUGAGUACAGUGAGGAGCACAAGCGGUGGAUUGACACGAGAAGACCUCUCGAAGAGCAGCUCAAGGAGUCUGCACCACCACCGCCGCCCACGAAGAAGAAGGUUGGAGGGACGCCUCAAGCUCCUCAGGUUGCGCCAUCACAAACGCCAUCUGGCAGUGAAUCGACGCCUGAUGCAUCAGGAGCACCACGGGCCCCAAGUGGUCGGCCAGGCAGAGCAGCAAGAAGGGUGCAGGCUAAAGGAGACUUGGCUAACGCUGGGUUGGACGAUCUUUUGUCUUUAAGCAGUGGCGUACCCAGCGGAGGUCGCAAGCCCAAGCGGAGAUAUGUGAAUGUAAUGGAGCAGAAGUAG